UUUAAUUAUACACAAUAUAUACAACAUGUCCAACACAUCUGUCCCUACCGUUGGUUACUAUAAGCUCCGGGCGUUGGCUCAACCCAUACGACUGCUGUUGAAGUAUACGGGCGUGAAUUUUACCGAUAUCUACUACGAUAAACCCGGAGCCGUUACCCGGGAAGCGUUUAAGGAGGACUGGUUUAAAGAAAAAUUCACCCUGGGCUUUGACUUUCCCAAUGUACCAUAUUACAUCGACGGCUCUGUCAAACUGACCCAGAGUAUGGCCAUUACGCGAUACCUGGCCCGCAAACACGGGCUGAUGGCCACCGACGAGACCGGACUCGUACGCCAGGAUAUGCUGGAGCAACAGUUGACAGACAUCCGGAUGGGACUAAUGGUUGGCCUUUCGUUUAAACCAGACUUUGUAAACCUUAAAGACAAAUAUAUAGCCGAAACACUGCCCCAACAGUUGGACGCGUUGUCCCGCUUUUUGGGUACCCAUCAGUGGUUUACCGGUAAUCACAUUAAUUAUGUGGAUUUCUGGGCGUAUGAGAUACUGGAUUGGCUCAGACUGUUGAGCGCCGUUGGCCUCUAUUUGGACCGCAUGCUCAGUGGGGGUUUAAAAAAUCCGGGCUAUGCGGGCGUGAAUUUUACCGACAUCUACUAUGACAAACCCGGAGCCGUUACCCGGGAAGCAUUAAAGGAGCACUGGUUUAAGGAGAAAUUCACCCUGGGCUUUGAUUUCCCCUACGUACCAUAUUACAUUGAUGGCUCUGUCAAACUGACCCAGAGUAAUGCUAUUUUGCGACAUUUGGGCCGUAAGCACGGACUGGUGGCCACAGACGAGACCGGACUCGUACGUCAGGAUGUGUUGGAGCAACAGUUGGUGGACAUCCGGAUGGGACUCAUGAUUGGCCUAUUGUUUAAACCAAACUUUGUGGACCUUAAAGACAAAUAUAUUGCCGAAACACUGACCCAACAGUUGGACGCGUUGUCCCGGUUUUUGGGUACCCGUCAGUGGUUUACCGGUAAUCACAUUAAUUAUGUAGACUUCUUGGCGUAUGAGAUACUCGAUUGGCUCCGACUGUUGAGCGCCGAUACUGUCAAUAAGUACCAGAAUUUGGUUCAAUUCUUAGACCGUUUUGAAAAUUUACCGGCGAUUAAAGCAUACAUGAAAUCACCGGAGUUUAUAAGUUGGCCUCUAUUUGGACCGCACGCUAAGUGGGGGUUCAAAAACGUACGGGCGUUGGCUCAACCCAUACGGCUGUUGUUGGCGUAUAAGGGGGUGAAGUUCACGGACAGGCACUACGACAGACCCGGUGCCACCACUGUUGAAGAGUAUAAGGGUGAUUGGUGGGCAGAGCGAGACAGCCUGGGCAUGGACUUUCCAAAUUUACCAUACUACAUUGAUGGCAAUGUCAAACUGAGCCAGAGCGUUGCCAUUAUGCGAUACUUGGGCCGUAAGCACGGACUGGUGGCCACCGACGAGACCGGACUCACACGACAGGAUGUGUUGGAGCAACAGUUGGUGGACAUUAGGUUCGCGUUUGUCGUCCACUUGUGUUUUAGUCCAGACUUUGAAACACUUAAAGACAAAUAUUUGGCCGAAACACUGCCCCAACAGUUGGACGCGUUGUCCCGGUUUUUGGGUACCCGUCAGUGGUUUACCGGUAAUCACAUUAAUUAUGUAGAUUUCUGGGCGUAUGAGAAAAUGGACUGGCUCCGGCAGUUCAGCCCCAAGACAUUUAUUAAGUACGAUAAUUUGGUUGAAUUUAUGAUCCGGCUUGAGUGUUUGCCCACAAUUAAGGCAUACAUGAAAUCACCGGAGUUUAUAAGUUGGCCAUUGUUUGGUCACUCCCAAUGGGGUUUCAAAAAGUUGAGCACUGAUACACAUUUGGCCAACUGGGCUAAAGAGAAAUUCACCUUGGGCCUGGAUUUUCCCAACCUACCUUAUUACAUCGAUGGUACCAUAAAACUAACCCAGAGCAAAGCAAUUAUGCGACACUUAGGCCGUAAGCACGGACUGGUGGCCACCGACGAGACCGGACUCGUACGCCAGGAUGUGUUGGAUCAACAGUUGGCGGACAUUAUAACCAUAUUUUUGUCUGAUGUGGUGCUAAGCAAAGACUUUCCGGCAGCAAAAGUGAAAUACAUCGCCGAAACACUGCCCCAACAGUUGGACAGUUUGUCCCGGUUUUUGGGUACCCGUCAGUGGUUUACCGGUAAUCACAUUAAUUAUGUAGACUUCUUGGCGUACGAACUGCUCGAUUGGUUCCGUCUCUUCAGUCCUGAGACCGUCAAUAAGUACCAAAAUUUGGUUCAUUUGUUGACCCGUUUUGAGAGUUUGCCGGCGAUUAAGGCAUACAUGAAAUCACCGGAGUUUAUAAGUUGGCCACUCUUUGGACCACAUGCCAAGUGGGGGUUCAAAAAA